AUGACCCGCGGCAUUCGAUGCAUCGGGAUCUGCGCCUGGGGCUAUGUGCGGGACAAGGAACUGCUCAUCAACAAGGACGCCAACUUCCAAUACGCAUCGUACAAGGCCACCACCAUAGUGCGCCCUCACGAGCCGGUGUCGCUGAACGGGGACCACACCCACUUCCUGCUGGUGGACGACGGUCGACGCGGCACGCCGACCGGGGCCGCCGACCUCCGGGCCCGCCUGGAGGAGCGGAUCGCUGACCCGGGCGUGGGCGGGCUCGGCAUCCCGGUUAUCCUGCUGAUCCUGGAGGGUGGCCUGGGUGUCAUCACGGACGUGCUGCACUCGUUGCGCCGCGGCAUCCCAGUGGUCGUCAUCCAGGGCACCGGCCGUGCCGCCGACAUCAUCGCCUUCGCCCAGCACGAGACGUACAAGCGCAGCCGCGGAAGGAAGGUCUUCCGUUCCGACACGAAGAAAAAACUGGAGGAAAUGCUGGAAGAUGCUUACAUCAAGAUCCACAGGGGAAGCAAGGAACAGCUUUUUGCGUAUGUCGACGAACUCGAGAAAUGCAUGGAGUUCGUGGAUCUGAUCAACGUGUUCGAUCUCAACAGCGAUCAGGAGCUCGAUGCCGUCAUUCUCAACGCGCUGAUGAAAGAGUCCGGCAUCGAAGACAGCCUGCUGCCCAUGGAGCCGCUUCAGCUGGCGCUCAUGUGGGACCGGCCCGAUA